CAAACCCUUUUUAACUGAAAGGCAAUGGCGAGGGGUUGAAGAAGGGCGGUCGAUGAUGAUAAGCUAGCUGGGGUGGAUUGAGGGAGGAGUGAGGCCCGCCGAUGUUUGUAAUCAUGGUUUCAAUUGCAGUUGCAGCGCCUGCCUUUACCACAUGGAAAUGGCGGAAAUUAACUACUGCGCCUUUACCACCACGCUAUCCUCCCUCCACUCUUCGUUGCUUCUCUGUAACCCGACCGCCUCUCAGCCUCCGAUACGCAGUUCUCGGAGCUGGAUUUGCUGGAUUGUCCGUAGCUUGGAAUUUGCUUCGACAUGGUUCUAUGGAAUCCCAUCUUUGUGUUGAUAUUUAUGAUGAAGUCGGCAUUGGUGGAGGUGCGUCUGGAGUUGCUGGUGGUCUUCUGCAUCCUUAUUCUCCAAAAGUCAAGCUUCUUUGGCGGGGUGAAGAGUGCUGGAACGAGAGUUUAAAUCUCUUGCAUAUUGCUGAAGAUGCACUUCUGAAGCUACAAAAAUUGGGAAAGCGCAGUUCUUCGGAAAUUGCUGAAUCCCCUGUAGUAAGGAGAAGAGGAAUCUUGAGGCCAGUCGUCAAUCCGAAGAGCAUGAACAUUAUGACAGAAAAUGCUCAAAACUAUAUUGCCAAUUGCAGAAUAGAGACUAUCCGUGAGGAUGCUGCUCGAGACCUCGUCCCGGAUUUGUCUCUACCUUUAGACUUGGCCUUUCAUAUGCCCGACGCCUUAAACAUUAAUGCCCAGAGCUAUCUUGAGGGUCUAUACUUAGCAUGCCAAAAUCUAACGAAUGCCAUUCCCCCAUCAGGUUGUAAAAACAGAGAAUUGAAUUUCUACCGGAGAUCGAUCACAAGUCUGGUAGAUAUAACCGGCAACUACGAUGCAGUUAUUAUCUGUCUUGGGGCAAGGGCGAUGUUCCUCCCGGAGAUGUCCGGCAAGCUGCCUCUUAGAAUGUGUAGAGGUAUAAUAUCUCACAUGCAGCUCGUCGACGACACAAGAGAAGCAUAUUCAGAACACGGCCCCUCGAUUCUGUCAGACGCCUGGCUUGCCGUGCGCGACGCUCGCCGUAUCGACAUGGGCUCGACGUGGGAUUGGAAAUCGAGGAAUCACUCGAGAGAGGUGAGCACGGAUGAAAAUUCCGAGGCGACGGAAAGACUCCUCCGAAAGGCGGCGUCAGUUUAUCCGGCGAUCGAAAACUGGACCGUAACAGGGGCAGUAGCUGGAUUGAGGGCAAUGCCGCCCCUCACGGUGGACGGAUCGCUUCCGCUUCUCGGCUGCGUCGACGAGUAUAUCAUCGGUGAGAGGCGUACGUGCAAAUAUUGGCUAUUCGCCGGCCUCGGGGCGAGAGGGCUUCUCUAUCACGGUUGGCUGGGGAAGUUAUUGGCUUUAGCCGUGAUUUCGCGCGACGAGAGCUUACUACCUUGUGAAUUGACCUUGUGGAGACGUGAAUCGGGGAAAGAAUGAGUUCGAAUGAAGAUGCGAUGUGAAGAAAAGGUUAGUCAGCUGCGGCUGGGCCAAUGUCCGGUGCUGACAGAUGUAUACAUUGGAAGUGGACGGAGUAGGUUGAGUUGAGUUGCCGCUGCCAUUGCCAUUGUUCGUACAAGGAAAUAUAAUUUUAGUCGGGUGUGUGUGUUUUUUGGUGUAAGCAGUGCAUUGAAUGUGAUAUCCGGAUAAGCCGGUUGAACCUAAUACUCUGCAAACCAGGCUUGAUAGGUAA